UCUCUUCCUUUCCUCCGUUUCUCCACUAUUUUCGUCCCACCACUAACCAUUCACUUAAACAGGAACCCAUCUCCCGACCAACUCUUUAGUUCAAACCACCACCUUUUUUUCCGACCAAAUCAAAACAGAUGGCAGACGACAGAAACGGCGGUAAUAACAACAGCAACGUAGACCCAUUACUCCAAUACAUGACUAUCCCAAGAAUGAGAGAACCGCCUCCGAUCCUCUUCCGCGUACCAGAAGACGGCGAAGUCGCGAUUCCCAUGCCGAUGACACCUAAAGAGUUCAAAGAUCGUUUAAUCUUCGGACCCUUCUCCCGCUCCCCUCGAGACUCCUCCUCUCAGUACUUUGACUCCCUCUCUCAGAAACACUCUCCUCCUUCUUCUUCUUCCUCCUCCACCGCCACCGCCGCCGCCGCUGAAGCCUUCUCCGACACCUCAACCGCCGACCCUCUCCUCCCAGAACCGGAGCCAUGGUCUCACGGCCACGCGCUCCACCGCUCCAAAACCGCUCCAGCGAUGGCAGUAAUCAACGAUUAUCACCACCCAAUGCCUCAUCAAAAGGAUCUCGAAUCAUCACGCUCCAUCGUGAGACAAGCCUUUGCUCUUCUCGUUGUGUACCUCUCCUUAGGUGUGCUUAUCUACUGGCUGAACCGUGAUAACUACGUUGUGAAUCAGACACAUCCCGUCGUUGAUGGCUUAUACUUUUGUAUUGUUACGAUGUGUACCAUCGGUUAUGGAGACAUAACACCGAAUAGUGUUGUUACUAAGCUGUUCUCGAUAAUGUUUGUGCUUGUUGGGUUUGGUUUUAUUGAUAUUUUACUUAGUGGGAUGGUUUCUUACGUUCUUGACCUUCAAGAGAGCUAUAUGUUAGACUCUGCUAAGCGGAGAGACGAGCCUGAUAAGAGAAAGAGAAGAUCGUAUAUAAUCGAUGUAAAGAAAGGGAGGAUGAGGAUUAGGUUGAAAGUGGGUUUGGCGUUAGGUGUUGUGGUUUUGUGUAUUGCUGUAGGUGUUGGGAUUAUGCAUUUUAUUGAAGGGAUUGAUUGGUUGGAUUCGUUUUAUCUCUCGGUUAUGUCGGUUACUACUGUUGGGUAUGGAGACAGGGCGUUUAAGACGUUGCCUGGUAGGCUUUUUGCUGCGGUGUGGCUGCUUGUGUCUACGUUAGCAGUGGCUCGGGCUUUUCUGUAUUUGGCUGAGGCAAGAGUGGAUAAGAGGAAUAGAGAAAGGGCCAAGAAAGUGCUGUGUGAGGCAAUGUCUGUCUCUCAGUUCUUUGCUGCUGAUAUUGAUAACAAUGGCUGUGUGAGUAAAGCGGAGUAUGUGAUUUACAAACUGAAGGAGAUGGAGAAAAUAACGGAUAAAGAUAUAACACCCAUCUCCAGACAGUUUGACAAACUCGACCGAUGCAGCAAUGGAAAGAUUACUCUUGUUGAUCUCUUGGAUAGUAGCAGUGGAGAUUGAUCAUCAUGCAACUUUUUUUUUUUUUUUAGCUUAGUUUACAGUAGUUGUAGAUUACAAACCUGAUUGAUGAGUAGUGCGGUCUCUGGUUCACUUAAACUUGAUUUGGACAUAUCUUAAUUAUAUUGGUAAUUGGUCUAAGCCUUGGGAGCCAGGAUUCACUCUUCAAAAUGUAUAUAAAUCUGAAUACUUAAUGGUCUGAUCGAACUUUCUUGGUUCGAUACAUAUAACACUUCCACGCUUCUCU